CACAAGAGAGAGAGACGGAAGGGGAGAGGAAAGCGCAGAUCCAAAGGCAGAGAGACAACCCAGAAGCAGAAGCAUAAUGAACAGCACACAAGAAGAAAGUAGUGGCAAGAAACUAACAUGGAUCGAGUGUAUAUGGCCAGUCAUAGAACAUCUCCUGACUUGCAAAGAAGAAGAAGAACAAAGCAAAGACAAAAAGGAACAUCAUGCAGAUGAUGACAACGAGGGAAGAGCAAUAAAACAAAGUAGUGGCAACAGAAAAGUGCAAAUUGCAUAUGAUGAUGAUGAUGAGAGAAAAGUGAAGAACAAUAAUGGAGACGGAAGCAACAACAAUGAAAAUGCAGAUAUUGAAGAUGAUGACGAGAGAGUAAAGAACAUUAAAAAAAGAGGAAGUAGCACUAGCAAAAGGUUGCAGAUUCUAGAUGAUGGUGAUGGUGAUGAGAAAACAGAAAUGAACAUUGAAGAAGAAGGAAGCCUUUGCAACAAGAUGGUCACAAAUCGGAGAUGAUGCCUUGGGUUUCAUUCUAAAACACUUAGGGAUCAUUGAUUACCUUCAAACCCUAGCUGUAUGCUCUAAUUGGAGAUCUACAGUCGUUAAAUGCAUUGCUAACAAACAUUGUCUUCCAUCACCAGAACUGCCACUUCUUUUUCUUCAAACAAUGGACAUGAAAAAUCUUCCCUUCUUUGACUUGCCUAGAGGAAGAGUCUUCAACUCCAUAGGGUUGCCGCAUGAACUCUUCCAUCAUUGCUAUGGCACAAUAAGAGGUUGGAUGAUCAUGGUUGAAUCUAUCAGCAAUUCUUUUGAUGAUGUUGAAGACAUUGAUGCACUAAUCUUCUUCUUCAACCCAGUAACAAAUGCUAAGGUCUAUAUGUCAUCAAGGUUAAAAGUGAAAAGUAAAAUCAAGAAUAUUGUGGCAUCAACAGAACCCAAUGACCCAAACUGUGUUGUGGUUCUGUCUCUUUUAUCGUCAAUUCGUGUUUGCAUUUAGUUGGAUUUCUAAUGAGUCAUGGACUAUCGUUCAAGAAUAUGUGUCUACAGCAUUGACGUUCUUGCACGUAGAGAUUAUUGAUGGUAAAUUGUAUGCUUUGACACACUCAGUAUUAAAUUCUAUAGUUUUUUACGAUUUGCGAAAAGAA